UCCCUCCCGGGGAAGCCAGUCUGGGUCCGCAAGGGAGGGGAGGGCAAGGAGGGAGGCCUCGGCGCCAGAGGCCGAGCGCUCUUUCCGUCUCGUGUCCUCAGCUGCCCCCGUUCCCAGCACCCGCCGUUCAUUUGCCGCCUUCCGACGCGUGACCCCGGCGCGCUCGCGUCCCGGGCCGGUGACAGGCGCGGGGUACGCCGAGAGGUCCCAUGUGCCCUCUCCCUCUUCUGGCCGCUGCAGUCGCCGCGUCCCGAACCCCGCUCCGGCUCCUCGGCAGAGGACUUGCAGCUGCCAUGUCUACCGCCAAGCGACUCAAAUCCGUGGACUACGAAGUGUUCGGGAGAGUGCAGGGUGUUUGCUUCAGAAUGUACACAGAAGAUGAGGCUAAGAAACAAGGAGUGGUUGGCUGGGUGAAGAAUACCAGCAAAGGCACUGUGACAGGCCAACUGCAAGGCCCCGAAGAGAAAGUUGAUUCCAUGAUGACCUGGCUGAGUAGAGUUGGAAGUCCUAGUUCUCGCAUUGACCGCACGAACUUUUCUAAUGAAAAAAUCAUCCCUAAAGUUGAAUACUCGAAUUUUAGUAUUCGAUACUAAGAGGAGAGAAAAAUUUUAAUGCUUACAUUGCACAACAAACACUAGAUAUUCUUAAGUCUAUGUAUUAGGCUAUUAGUAGCAGAGUAAGUUAAAAAAGGGACUUUCUGUUCUGAAAGCUACAAUAGCAUAUGUGUUACUAAAAAUGACUGACACUGAAAUAGUUUUACUCAACUAUGUUUUUAAAAAGUAAAAACUUAGCAUUAUAAGAUAAAUGUCAUUACAAAACAUUUAAUAUGAAGAUUUAAACUUGUCUAAUGGAAUCUUUAAGUGUAAUGAAUGUUCUAGCAAACAUUAUUUGGCUAGGCAUAAAAUAAAGCUAACUAUUUAAAAAUUAAAAA